UCCCUGGGUAAGAAACAAAGGAAGGAAAAAUGGCGUCCGUAAUAUCUUCCUCAUCGGCUUUACCAACGCGGUCCCUCGACUCAUUCCCGACUCACUCAGAACGCGCCAACAAACUCACUUCUCUCUCGUGGGUCUCUUCAUUUCCCAGUAUCAACAUCUCCAUUAACUCGUUCACACUCCCUCCUGCUCCCUCUCUGAACAAGGGUUCUUUUGUUCAAGCUGCCUGGACCAGGAGAUCCCGUGGUGAAGCUGCAAAGCAACCCAACCGGAAAUCAUGGAAACAAAGGACCGAUAUGUAUAUGAGGCCAUUUUUACUAAAUGUUUUCUUUUCAAAGAAAUUUAUUCAUGCAAAAGUGAUGCAUCGGGGCACAAGUAAAGUAAUAUCAGUUGCUACCACUAACGCCAAGGAUCUUAGAAACAUUUUGCCAUCACUCACAGAUCAUAAUGCAUGCAGAAUAAUAGGGAAACUUAUUGCUGAACGAUCAAAGGACGCUGAUGUCUAUGCAAUGUCUUAUGAGCCUAGAAAAGGUGAGCGGAUUGAAGGUAAGCUAGGAAUAGUUCUUGAUACCAUUAAGGAGAAUGGAAUCAUAUUUGUAUGAGCCAACCACACAUUGCUGUAACAAAUUAAUCUGUUGUAAUUUGUAAAUUAAACCAUGGAAAUGCAAUCAAUAUUUAGAACAUACUUUGCUUUGAGCUUUA